CUGCGACUCAAGCAGCAACGCAAUAACGUGUCGGGCUUUGUGAUCUUCGAGCUGAUAAAGUGAAAUUCGCAAUUUGAAAUCAACAUUAAAUAAACAAAGUAAAAUGUGGAAGAGCUUAAGCGUGCUAAUGGUGAUCGGUCUCUUGGAACUGUCGCAGGCUCAGCGGCCAUCGUUUGCUGGUCUGCGUCCGCCGGGCGGACUUAGCCAGAAGGACAAAUAUCAUGCCGCCCAAAAUACGGCCGUAGAGAAUAUAACUGGCGUGGACAUUGCCACACGUUUCGGCGCGGAUGCCGUGGCACAGCAGACGCAAACAGUCAACUUGGCGUACGGCGCCUCGCAAAAGCCGCCAGUGGGCGUGCCACUUGUGCUGCCCAUCAACAGCUAUGUGCCCGAUACGCCAUCGAAUGUGGCGCCGGCUACCGUCGACGUGGCCAAUCGCUUCGGUGGCGCUGCUGAUGCUCCGGCCAAUCCGCCAUUUGCGACAAGCGGUGUCAGUAUUAGACCCACUGCAAGUGUCGCCAGCACUGCACCCGUGGCUAAUGCUCUGCCCAUCGAUGCGCACGGCGAUCAGAACUAUGUGAAUUACUUGAGCCAGCUGCCCGUGGACAAUCAGCCUUUCUGGUUUCUCAACUAUCAGGCCAUCGAGGCGUUGAGAAACAGCACGAGGCCGAAUGUUAGUGCACUCGAGACGCGGGGAUCUUUCUUUGCUGGUUAAAGCUCGGUUUCCAGUCACAAUAACAACAAUACUCAUGGCUAAUUAAUGCACAAGCUCACAUAAUUGUGUAUGUGUGUGUGUGUGAGUACAGAGUGUACAUACGCUUACUCAGCAAUAUUAUCUUGAAAAACCGGAGGAAAUACCAAAAUCGUGGGGAAUGAUUUGUGAUUUUUCAAGCGAUAAGAUUGCGAUUCGACAUUCAAAUAGAGAAAAUUUUAAAUAUAUAUUAUAUUAUUAAAGCAAUAUGCAAAUAAUUAUUGUGUGGGAACUGUAAAGACCCUAUAAGCUAU